AAUGUCAAACAAAUUCUCGACAGCUCACAGUUUGAUAACUUUUUACGAGAAGGUUCAGACGAAAAAUUUGUGAAAUCUGAAAUUUAUUUCUUGUUUUAUUUUUAAUAUUAAAAAAUGAGUCAAUUGGUUGUCAAGGCAAAGGCCCUUGCCAAUAAGGUAGUUGUGGCUGCACGUCCGCAGCUAGAGGAAUUCUGGAAAUAUGCCAAGGUGGAGCUAUCGCCCCCAAUGCCCGCUGAUUUCCAGAAGCUGAAGAAGACCGCGGAGACCGCCAAGAAUGCCUCCAAGAAGGAUGUGAAGGGGCAGCUGAAGAAGUCCGGAAUUGGCCAGGUCACCGUCAGCGAGGCCUGGCUAAAUUUUCUGGUCACCGUGGAGGUGAUCACCUGGUUCUACAUGGGCGAGGUCAUCGGUCGCCGUCACUUUGUCGGCUACAAGGUCUAAAAGAAACUGAUCCAAUAUUUUUCUUAAUGGUUUUGCGUUGUAUGUUAAUACCUCGAUGCAUAAAUAUGUUUUCUCUGACCAGGUGCACUGAAUAAAGGCGCAUUAUCUGCAAUAAAA